GGCUGGGACUUUGCAGCAUCUGGCUCAGUGUUUCACUUCCUACUCACUGUUGAGUCAUCACUGCUGCUGUCUGCCGAGGAACGGUUACAACAUACAGACGGUGCAGCGUUUUGUCAGGAAGGUGGUGUGUGAGUGUGUGUUUAAUGUUGGAAACCUGCUGAACCGCAUCUGGAGACUCAGGAACUAUGAGCUACUUUUCCAUCCUGGAUGAGAAGGACCUAAAGACCACUUCACCAGGAGCAUGCUGAGCUUCAGACGUUCCUACAUCUUCUUGUAUAACUUGUUCCAGUUCUGUGGCCACACAUGGAUCCUGGCCAACACCAUCGCACGGUUCCUCACCUUUGGUCAAGAUGCUUUAGCAGAUACAUUCUACUCCGUGGGCUUCAUGAUGAGUCUCUGCCAGCUGCUUUCCAUCCUGGAGCUUUUCCAUAUAGCAGAUGGGAUCGAGAAGGCCAGACUUCUUCCUCGCUUCAUCCAAGUGAUGGAGAAAAAUGGUUUGUUGAUGGUCAUCAUUCUGUUGGAGGAGAUCCAAAGUAAACCCGUGGUGUGUGUGCAGUUUUUCUUCUGGAACAUACUGGACCUUUUACGGUACCCCCAUGAGCUCCUGUGUGUUACGGACACACCCUCCACCAGCAUGUUAUGGAUUCGAUACUCUGUUUGGAUCGCCGUGUACAUCCUGUCAGUGGCUAACGAAGGUGUUACCGUCUACCAGACACUGGUCUACCUGGGCCAAACAGCCUCCCACUCAGCAUCCACUCACCUCCCCAUCCUGCUGAGGCUUUAUUUGCCUCUUCUAGCUCUUGGAGCCACUGUAACAGUCUGGCAGCUGCUGAAGGAGAGACAACAACAUCUGGAGAAAUGGAGCAAAAGCAAGAGGAAAUGAUCAUCUCAGCUCAAGUCUUCUAGGGAAAUCCUGCCAGGACAAUCCAGAGUGUGUCAUGAGUCAGGCUGGAUGUUCUCAGCAAGAGUGAUCCAUAAAACAUUUCAGACAAUAUUAGAGGUAAAUAAAAAGGUAGCAAAACAAAGCAGUCAAGUUGCUCCUGGAGCCGGGUCUCCCACGUAGGAAUUGUGAUACUGUGGGAGGGGCGUUGCCACGGUGAUGUCAUGAUGUCACCAGCCAUAAACUCUGGUCCAGACAGCUUUCUUCUUGAACUCAGCAGAAGACUUCAGACUCAUCAGAGCAGCUGGAACAACAGGAGUCAGAAACCAGUAAACACCUGCACGACCGUCUUAUUUUACUUUGACUUUUUAUUAUUUUCUAUGAAAUCUCAAACUAAUACUCACAGUACUUCCUGAAGUACAAAACUAACCUGGUAUUUCAUUAAAAAAACUUAAAGGGA